AUGUCGCAGGCUCCAAACGCCCCGCCCAUGCGGCAAUCAUGCGACAGGUGCCAUCAACAGAAGCUCCGAUGCACUCGGGAUGCGCACAGGAAUACUGGAACUUGCGAUCGCUGUUUGCGAAGACGUGUGCAAUGUGUGUAUAGCUUGAGUCUGCCCAAGGGCCGACCGAGUCUCCCAACUUCGAUCGACGAGUCCAUCGAUAGCAGGGCUGGUCUGCCUGCAGAAUCAUUUUCCGCACCUAUCACCCCAGUAUCCCUGAGAUCGGGCGUCUCACGCCGGCGAAACACGGGCUCCCAGAGAACUUCUUCAAUUGUCAACGCCACCGGUGCUACACUGAACGGUGCGGGUGUUGGCCUCGAGAUCGAUCUAGACGGGGACAUGGGCGAAGACAUACCCGCCAAUGACCGAGCCAUGGAUGGACCAAAUGUGGUUGCAGGUUCGAAUGCAAACCCAAGCAGCAAUUCCACCAAGCAUACCAUGGAUGUGAUCGACCCGUUCUUGAACAUAUCAUCUGGGGCCGUUCCAUGGUCAAACUCUUUCACUGCGGACGAGAUGCAUGUGGAUUGGAAUGAUCAUGGUCCCAAUCCUGGAACAUUUGCCUGGAACAGUAUUUUAAACACUCCUCCCGAGCUGGAUAUUUUACCUGGCACGCCCGGCCGUGAGUACUCGGAUAGAGAAAGUAGCGACAACAGCGCGAGUGGAAGACCUCCCCGACCACGCGCAGUGGAUGGUAUAGCUGGCUCUCAUUACCAAACUCACACCCGCAGAGAUGCCACCAAACCGGUAAGGAACAGCACGAGCAGAAGCGAUCAUAGUAAAGCCCUGCCUACCAAUCUUGCGGAAACAUUCGAUCCGGAUUUCGUGGUUGCGCGGCUAUCUCGAUUGAAUGUACGGCUUGCAGCUUUGCAGCACUCUAGCCAAGCCUUGUUCGAAACGCUGAAAUUGCCCGAGCCGUUCAAAGACGCCACACAAACCCAAUCGCUGAAGCUCCUCGAUGACGCUGCAUUUGACUCAGUGACCUCUUGGCUUGCCGGAGCAGCUCACAGCUCAGGUAAUUCGAGCUCGACGCGCGCCCUCAACACUCACCCGCACCUUCGGCCGGUCCCCGAAAAGAAAACGGGUUGCGGGGUGCUUCACGAAGCUUUUUCUGCAUCACAUCAAUUCCUGGAGAUUCUGAGCCUCUUGCACAACCAAGUGACCGAGCGCAAGACGGGUCUAUUUACCUCGAAAGCCGACAUGUCUACGAUUCCCGAGUCGUGGCAUCUAGCCUCCUCUUCACACAACAGAAAUCGAUCUUAUUGCGAGCAGCACAAAUCGACGUCGCAUGAUGGGGCUUCCUUGAGCCAGGCUUCCAGCCGUGAAGAUAUCAUACGCCAAUUAGUCAUGGCUUGUCACGCACUGCUUCUGAAUGUGUUUGUCGCAGUCCUCAUUGCCUUGCAACACGAUGCCAAUCAACCCAGCACUGAAAUGCACGCGGGGGCUCUGGGCCAGAUUCGACUGGUGUCUGUAGUGCAGCUAUGUUCGUAUCUCAUUGGACGCCAGCACCAAGCAUUAGACGUAUGCAUAUCACUGCAGAGCAGCAGCACACAGUUGCAGUCGCUGCAAGACAUGGGUGGUAGUGGUCGCCAACGCCCCACGCCGCUUCUGCUGGCUGACGACGAUGAUGCGGAAAUGUUGAAAGACUUGCUAAAAGACGUUGAAGAUAAACUUGCAUGUCUAAAGACAACGCUAUGUAUCUGA